CCCACAAAAUCCCGGCUAAACCCAGGCCUAACUGAGCCCCUGCCUCACCCCAAGUUAGAGGAGAGCUAGCUAACCUCUCCCCGUGGGCUGGGGCGGGGGGGGGCGCAGAAAGGGGGCGCCGAUCCGCGCUGACGCCCGCCCCCGCGCCCCCCAGCGCCAUGGGGGAGUGGGCGUUCCUGGGCUCCCUGCUGGACGCCGUGCAGUUGCAGUCGCCGCUCGUGGGCCGCCUGUGGCUGGUGGUCAUGCUGAUCUUCCGCAUCCUGGUGCUGGCCACGGUGGGCGGCGCCGUGUUCGAGGACGAGCAGGAGGAGUUCGUGUGCAACACGCUGCAGCCGGGCUGCCGCCAGACCUGCUACGACCGCGCCUUUCCGGUCUCCCACUACCGCUUCUGGCUCUUCCACAUCCUGCUGCUCUCGGCGCCCCCCGUGCUCUUCGUCAUCUACUCGGUGCACCGCGCCGGCAAGGGGGCCGACGGCGCGGACGCGGGGCCGGGGCCGCCCCCGCGCCGCCGCUGCUACCUGCUGAGCGUGGCGCUGCGCCUGCUGGCCGAGCUGGCCUUCCUGGCGGCCCAGGCGCUGCUCUACGGCUUCCGCGUGGCCCCGCACUUCGCGUGCGCCGGCCCGCCGUGCCCGCACACCGUGGACUGCUUCGUGAGCCGGCCCACCGAGAAGACCGUCUUCGUGCUCUUCUACUUCGCCGUGGGGCUGCUCUCGGCGCUGCUCAGCGUGGCCGAGCUGGGCCACCUGCUCUGGAAGGGCGGUCCGCGCGCCGGACGCGGUCGCCAGGCGGCAGAGCGCGACGGCAGCCGCCACCGCGCGCGCCAGGAGGCGCAGCAGCUGCUCCCGCCGCCGCCGCCGCCGCCGCCGCCGCCGCCGGCCCCGCCCUCCGGGCGCCCGCGCCCCGACCCCUGCGGCCCCCCUGCCUACCCGCACCUGGCGCCGGCCAGCGACAGCGAGGGCGGCAGCGGCCGCAGCAAGGCGUCCCUCGCCACGGUCCGCCGGGACCUGGCCAUCUAGAGGCGGCCAGCAGGUGCUUCCCCGAGAACUGUCCCCGGGACCCUGUCCUGCAGGGUCCCCAGCACUUCCUGGGUGCUCUGGGUGGAGUGGGGCGCGUAGAUGGAACUGUGGCAGGUCCUUGCUGCCCUGAUCCAGGUGGCAGGGAAGGAGGCCUGGGGCUGAGAGAACGUGCAGGAGAGGAGGGCACAGCAGAGCCGAAGGGGAGGUUCAGGUGGUGCCCAGAAAAAACCCUUGUGCUACCAGCAUGCCGACGGCCUCUCCUCGUUCAGACUGAGCCGUGCCUCUGUGUGGGCUCCCUGUGUGGGAGCACACACGUACACAUAGGUGUGGCAGGAGCCGUGUGCACGCAUGCGCAUGUAAAACCUGUGUGAGCUCUGUGUGUGUGCGCAUAGGUGCAUGUGAACCGUGUGUGUACAUCCUACGCGGGCUCUCUGUGUGUGCGUCCGUGUGCGCCCUGCAGGCCUGUGUCUGUGCAGGCGUCUGUAUGCCCUGGGUGAGCCGCGUGUGCGUAUGUGAGAGACAGAGCGAGAUCUCUGAUAUGUACCGCGUGGGUGGUCAGGAUCUGGUGCCAGCAGCAGCCACAAUGGCUCCCUCCCUACCUGCAGGGGCGUUGCAGGAGGUCCCCCCUCUUGACGGAGCCCACAGAGGGAGGAGCCAGGCGCCCCUUCACACUGGGCAGGCCUCAGUGUGGUAGGGCUUGUGGACACCAUCCACACUUGACCUUGCUGCCCAGGCAGGUGGCCAAGCCCUCCCUUUGAUGGAGAUAGAGUAGGGGUGAGGGGUAGGGUCAGAGAGCAGGACUCUUUUCUAGAUUGGCCCCCUCACCCUGCCGCUGUCCCUCCCCCUCCCCCCCCCCAGUCCAUAAACACGGCCAAGUCCUUCUGUCCUCAAAGCCGCGCUGACAUGUGCCCCUGGCCCUGCAUUUCCCUGUAGCCACCCCCUUCUUCCCUCCUCGGAGAACAUAAAGAGCUACCUACACGGCUGCCUCUUGUCCCCCUCCGUCUCUUCUCCACCCCCAUGUGUCUUCCUCCCUCGCCAGCCCUGUGGGGCUGCUCUCCGCAAGAUCACUCAGGCCCUAAGUGACAUCCAGGGGCCACCAUCUGACUGCACCCUGAGCUUUGUCCAACCCCCCUGGGCAGGCUUGCCUCCACCCACUCUGCCCGAUUUUCUCUGCGUCCCUGGCCCUUCCCUCCUUGGCCUCCUUUCCUUGUGCUCUUCUUCCUGGACUCCCCUGCCUGCGCUGCGCACAGGAGCCGGAGGGGUCUUUCUAAAUAGUCUUCCUGCUUAGUCCCCCCAGGGGCUCCCUGUCAUCAGGGUAAGUCCAGCACCUACGUGAGGCUUCUGGUCUUGCCCCGCCCGGCCCUGCUUCAGCCCCGCUGCACGGGCUUCCUAACCAUGCCGUGUUCUCUUCCUACCAAACACAGCGACCAGUUUCCUUCCCGGAGGUUGGCACAUGCUGUUUCUCUGCCUGGAGCAGCCCCUCUCUGCAGCGCCCCCUCCCCACCCUAGCUAAUACCUACCUGCCUUUUGGUCUCAUUUGGAAAUAAACAGAUACUUUCUCUAACAGCCCCCACCCCCAAGUCAGAGCUAGAUGACCCAAGGCACCCAUACUUCCCCAGGCAGAGCACUUCUGCUGGAUGGCAUUACUCGCUCCUCCACGAUGGCCCCAGAGUAGGUGCUUAGUAAAAUACGUGUUGCUAAGGAACCGAAGGUGUCCCAGAGGCCCAAGCACGUAUCCUUGUUCACGGUGUGCAAUUCUCUCUCUGAUGUUGAUGAAUUAGGUGUGCAAAGCGUGGAUCUACAACAAACUCAAAGGCGGAUAUACAGCUAUUCUCCAGAUGUAUUCAUUCAAGAAAUAUUUGUUCGGCACAUACUAUGUGCCAGGCAAUGUUCGAGAUCAGCACCGUUCAAUAGAAAUACGAUGUGAGCCACAUGUGUGAUUUCAGAUAUUCUAUUAGCCACAUUAAAAAGUAAAAGGA